GGGAUGGGGCGGGGCGCCCAGCUGGCGUCACCAGGACAACGGGCGUUGCCAGCGCCUUGUGACUCGGGGCUGUGGGCGCGCUCGCCGCUCUUCGGCCAUGGUUUUCUCAAAUAAUGAUGAAGGCCUUAUUAACAAAAAGUUACCAAAAGAGCUUCUCUUAAGAAUAUUUUCCUUUUUGGAUAUAGUAACACUGUGCCGAUGUGCACAGAUUUCCAAGGCUUGGAACGUCUUAGCUCUGGAUGGAAGCAACUGGCAAAGAAUAGACCUUUUUAACUUUCAAACAGACGUGGAGGGUCGAGUGGUGGAAAAUAUAUCAAAGCGAUGCGGUGGAUUCCUGAGGAAGCUCAGCUUGCGUGGCUGCAUUGGAGUCGGAGACUCCUCCUUGAAGACCUUCGCGCAGAACUGUCGGAACAUCGAACACUUGAAUCUCAAUGGGUGCACAAAAAUCACCGACAGCACGUGUUAUAGCCUUAGCAGAUUCUGUUCCAAGCUGAAGCAUCUGGACCUGACCUCCUGUGUCUCCAUCACAAACAGCUCCUUGAAGGGGAUCAGUGAAGGCUGCCGGAAUUUGGAGUACCUCAACCUCUCGUGGUGCGAUCAGAUCACCAAGGACGGCAUCGAGGCGCUCGUGCGAGGCUGUCGAGGCCUCAAGGCCCUUCUCCUGCGGGGCUGCACGCAGUUAGAAGACGAAGCUCUGAAGUAUAUUCAGAACUACUGCCACGAGCUCGUGAGCCUCAACCUCCAGUCCUGCUCUCGUGUCACGGAUGAAGGCGUGGUGCAGAUAUGCAGGGGCUGCCACCAGCUGCAGGCCCUCUGCGUUUCCGGCUGCAGCAACCUCACGGAUGCCUCACUCACAGCCCUGGCUCUGAACUGCCCGAGACUUCAGAUCCUGGAGGCUGCGCGCUGCUCCCACCUGACGGACUCGGGCUUUACGCUGCUAGCUCGGAACUGCCACGACCUGGAGAAGAUGGAUCUGGAAGAAUGCAUCCUAAUCACAGACAGCACACUCAUCCAGCUCUCCAUCCACUGCCCCAGGCUGCAAGCCCUGAGUCUGUCCCACUGUGAGCUCAUCACCGACGACGGCAUCCUGCACCUGAGCAACAGCACCUGCGGCCACGAGCGGCUGCGUGUCCUGGAGCUGGACAACUGCCUGCUCAUCACCGACGUGGCGCUGGAGCACCUGGAGAACUGCCGGGGUCUGGAGCGCCUGGAGCUGUACGACUGCCAGCAGGUCACGCGGGCCGGCAUCAAGCGCAUGCGGGCUCAGCUGCCUCAUGUCAAAGUUCAUGCCUACUUUGCUCCUGUCACCCCACCGACAACAGUGGGAGGAAGUGGACAGCGACUAUGCAGGUGCUGUGUCAUUCUCUGACAGCAACUGCCGGGCCCAUGGCACCUGGACUUGUCCCAUUGCUCAGAGAAGACUGGAGUCUGUCUGACUCGCUCCACCGCCCCCCAAAUCUCUUGAGUCCACUGGGAAAGGAAGGCAUCUGCAGGUAAAGCACUUAUGUGAGGACUGCAAUAACUCUGGUGACAGUUCUCACCUUUAUUCUACUGUGACGCAUCAGAUCAAAGCCUGGUAUCAGUUCACACUGGCAAGAGCACAUAUCAAGCAACUUGGAUCUCUAGGAGGUGGGUACCUGCCUAAGACACAACAGUCCUCUCCUUGGCUCUAUCAGCAUUCUUCAAACAGACCAUCAGUGUUAGCACAAAUUAAGCAGAAAAACUAAAAAGCUGUUUAUUUUCUACCUAAUACUUAAGCCAACGACUUAACUUUAAUUCACAGUGAUUCCAUUUUGAUUAGCAGGAUGUUUCCACUUUGAAGACUAAACAGCAAAUUUAUUUAUGAAGUAACUAUACUGCAAAUUGAUAUUGCCGGAUAGUUUCAUAUGUAGAACUCACUCAUGUGAAAGGUGAGUUAACAGGUUUCAUAAGACACCAAAGAAAUGAGGACACUGAGCUGGGUGGAGCAGGGUCUGCACUGGUUCUAGCAGCUAUCACCUUUGGGGCCAAAACAUACACAAGAAAGUAACUGGGUCCUAGUUGGAAGAAAGCGCCAGCAAUGUGUUGUUACAGGAGAUAAAGAAAUUCUGUCAUACCGCAAAAUUUGGGGGAAAUGAAGGCCUAGUUACAUA